CGGAGUUGGCGGAGGCUCCUCAGGGGACUAGGGGACCGAUCUGCGUAGAAGCGUGUGGCGGGGAAGAGGGGAGGAGAUCUCAGAGUGGGAAGCGGAGCCGGGGGCCCGAGACCCGUCGCGUCAGAGCCAGGCAAGUGAACCGGAGCAAACGACUUCCGAUCCAGUCUGCGCUGCUGCGGCUCCCGUUUGGGAUUUGAUUUGCAGCAUCUUCGAGCCUGUGCAACAAAAAACCGCGAAGCACGCCCAGCCCUCCCCGGCACCCUUUUACGCACCCACUCCCUCCCGGGGACACAGCUGGGCGCGUCCACACCCCCGCACCCCCCACACCAUGUUGUGCGGAAGGACUUCCACUCCCUGCCUCUGUCGUUGAUGUCAGACCCCAGGCCAGCCUCCGGGCGCUGCAGUUCUCCCGGCUAAUGCUGAGGCUGCGGCUCCGGCUCUAGCACAGGAACCAGCCGCCGCCGCGCCCGGCCCCAGCGCCCACCGUCUGCAUGUGCCCGCCGUAGCCUUCUGCCCAGCCCGCAACCCGCGCUCCCCGGAGCGCUGGAGACCACCGCGGGGGGCCCCUUCUGCUCUUGGGAGAAGCAGUCUUGGAGGUAUUGAUUUCGGUGGUUGGAUUUUUCCCGUGGAUCUAUCAAUUCACAAUUUGAAUUUGGAAGAAAGAAGGAAAACAUGACGUCUCCGGCCAAAUUCAAAAAGGAUAAGGAGAUCAUAGCAGAGUACGAUACUCAGGUCAAAGAAAUCCGUGCCCAGCUCACAGAGCAGAUGAAAUGCUUGGACCAGCAGUGUGAGCUCCGGGUGCAGCUGCUGCAGGACCUGCAGGACUUCUUCCGGAAGAAGGCGGAGAUCGAGAUGGACUACUCCCGCAACCUGGAGAAGCUGGCCGAGCGCUUCCUGGCCAAGACGCGCAGCACCAAGGACCAGCAGUUCAAGAAGGAUCAGAAUGUUCUCUCUCCAGUCAACUGCUGGAAUCUCCUCUUAAACCAGGUGAAGCGGGAGAGCAGGGACCACACCACCCUGAGUGACAUCUACCUGAAUAAUAUCAUUCCUCGAUUUGUUCAAGUCAGCGAGGACUCAGGAAGACUCUUUAAAAAGAGUAAAGAAGUCGGCCAGCAGCUCCAAGAUGAUUUGAUGAAGGUCCUGAAUGAGCUCUACUCGGUCAUGAAGACCUAUCACAUGUACAAUGCCGACAGCAUCAGUGCUCAGAGCAAGCUAAAGGAGGCAGAGAAGCAGGAGGAGAAGCAAUUUGGAAAAUCGGUAAAGCAGGAAGACCGGCAGACCCCACGCUCCCCUGACUCCUCGUCCAAUGUCCGCAUUGAAGAGAAGCAUGUCCGGAGGAGCUCAGUGAAGAAGAUUGAGAAGAUGAAGGAGAAGCGCCAAGCCAAGUACACAGAGAAUAAGUUGAAGGCCAUUAAAGCCCGGAAUGAGUACUUACUGGCUCUGGAGGCAACCAAUGCAUCUGUCUUCAAGUACUACAUCCACGACCUGUCUGACCUUAUUGAUCAGUGUUGUGACUUAGGCUACCAUGCUAGCCUGAACCGGGCGCUACGCACCUUCCUCUCCGCUGAGUUGAAUCUGGAGCAGUCAAAGCACGAAGGUCUGGAUGCCAUCGAGAAUGCCGUAGAGAACCUGGAUGCCACCAGUGACAAGCAGCGCCUUAUGGAGAUGUACAACAAUGUCUUCUGCCCACCAAUGAAGUUUGAGUUCCAGCCCCACAUGGGAGACAUGGCUUCCCAGCUCUGUGCCCAGCAGCCUGUCCAGAGUGAGCUGGUGCAGAGAUGCCAGCAACUGCAGUCUCGCCUAUCCACUCUGAAGAUUGAGAAUGAGGAGGUAAAGAAGACGAUGGAAGCCACUCUGCAGACCAUCCAGGACAUUGUGACUGUUGAGGAUUUUGACGUGUCCGACUGCUUCCAGUACAGCAACUCUAUGGAAUCCGUCAAGUCCACGGUCUCAGAAACCUUCAUGAGCAAGCCCAGCAUUGCUAAGAGGAGAGCCAACCAGCAAGAGACCGAGCAGUUCUAUUUCACGAAAAUGAAGGAGUACCUGGAGGGCAGGAACCUCAUCACCAAGCUACAAGCCAAGCACGACCUUCUCCAGAAAACCCUGGGAGAAAGUCAGCGGACAGAUUGCAGUCUGGCCAGGCGUAGCUCAACCGUGAGGAAGCAGGAUUCCAGCCAGGCAAUUCCUCUGGUGGUAGAAAGCUGUAUCCGGUUUAUCAGCAGACACGGACUACAGCAUGAAGGAAUUUUCCGGGUGUCAGGAUCCCAGGUGGAAGUGAAUGACAUCAAAAACGCAUUUGAGAGAGGAGAGGACCCCCUGGCUGGGGACCAGAAUGACCAUGACAUGGACUCCAUUGCUGGCGUCCUGAAGCUUUACUUCCGGGGGCUGGAACAUCCUCUCUUCCCCAAGGACAUCUUCCAUGACCUGAUGGCCUGCGUCACAAUGGACAACCUGCAGGAGAGAGCUCUGCACAUCCGGAAAGUUCUCCUGGUCCUGCCCAAAACCACUCUGAUUAUCAUGAGAUACCUCUUUGCCUUCCUCAAUCAUUUAUCACAGUUCAGUGAAGAGAACAUGAUGGACCCCUACAACCUUGCCAUCUGCUUCGGGCCCUCACUGAUGUCAGUGCCUGAGGGCCACGACCAGGUGUCCUGCCAAGCCCACGUGAACGAGCUGAUCAAAACCACCAUCAUCCAGCAUGAGAACAUCUUCCCAACCCCCAGGGAACUGGAGGGCCCCGUCUACAGCAGAGGAGGAAGCACGGAGGACUACUGUGACAGCCCUCAUGGAGAGACUACCUCGGCUGAGGACUCAACCCAGGACGUGACCGCAGAGCACCACACGAGCGAUGAUGAGUGUGAGCCCAUCGAGGCCAUUGCCAAGUUUGACUACGUGGGCCGGACAGCCCGAGAGCUGUCCUUCAAGAAGGGGGCAUCCCUGCUGCUUUACCAGCGGGCUUCUGAUGACUGGUGGGAAGGCCGGCACAAUGGCAUCGACGGACUCAUCCCCCAUCAGUACAUCGUGGUCCAAGACACCGAGGACGGUGUCGUGGAGAGGUCCAGCCCCAAGUCUGAGAUUGAGGUCAUUUCUGAGCCACCUGAAGAAAAGGUGACAGCCAGAGCGGGGGCCAGCUGUCCCAGUGGGGGUCAUGUAGCCGAUAUUUAUCUUGCAAACAUCAACAAGCAAAGGAAGCGGCCAGAAUCUGGGAGCAUCCGGAAGACAUUUCGGAGUGACAACCAUGGGCUGAGCAGUUCCCUGACUGACUCGGCCUCCCCGGGGGUGGGGGCUAGCUGCCGCCCAUCUUCCCAGCCCAUCAUGAGCCAGAGUCUCCCCAAGGAAGGGCCAGAUAAGUGUUCCAUCAGUGGGCAUGGGAGCCUCAACUCCAUCAGCCGCCACUCAUCCCUGAAGAAUCGGCUGGACAGCCCACAGAUCCGGAAGACGGUGACAGCAGGAAGGUCAAAGAGCUUCAAUAACCAUCGGCCCGUGGACCCUGAGGUCAUUGCACAGGAUAUUGAGGCAACUAUGAACUCUGCCCUGAACGAGCUGCGUGAGCUAGAGCGGCAGAGCAGCGUCAAGCACACCCCUGAUGUGGUUCUGGACACCUUGGAGCCCCUCAAAACCUCCCCAGUGGUGGCCCCCACAUCGGAGCCCUCCAGCCCCCUGCACACCCAGCUCCUCAAGGACCCCGAGCCCGCCUUCCAACGCAGUGCCAGUACUGCUGGGGACAUCGCUUGCGCCUUCCGGCCCGUCAAGUCUGUGAAGAUGGCUGCCCCCGUCAAGCCGCCGGCCACACGACCCAAGCCCACUGUCUUCCCCAAAACAAAUGCCACUAGCCCUGGUGUCAACUCAUCAUCUUCCCCACAGUCCACUGACAAGUCUUGUACUGUCUGAGGGAUAUAAUUUAAUUGUUCUAGACAAGGGGACUGGAGGGACUGACUGUUAUUAAAAAUCUUCCUAUUUAACUAGCUUGGGGACUUCAGUUGAAAAUUAGAUUCUAAGUUGUUCUUGCCGGAAUUAGCCUUCCCAUCACCCAAAACCUUGAGAAUGAAGCCCUCGUUAUCACCCUGCCCUGCCCUUCCCGCUGCCCUCCGCUUCUCCCUGUCGUCGUAAUCCAGCCCGCUGCAGUACAUACUGUUCUUAGGUUAGCCAGAGAUAGAUUUUUCCAUUAUCAGGUCACUGUGAAAUCUGGCAUGGCGAGUCAUGAAGACACAGGCUCACGUCUCUGUCCCCUCAGACACAGGGGAUGCCUGACCAGAUGGUUGGCUACUGACAGCCAGCUCUCAGUGGCAUCUUGUUUUGGGUACUGACUAUAGAGAACCAUAUAUAGUCCAUUCUUCGUUUUACACACACACACACGCACGCACGCACGCACACAGGUUUUUUCUAGUCUCUGGCAUGUGUAGCCUCUCCUGGUCCCCGACCAGUCUCUUUGUAAGUCAUUGUGGCAGUUCACACAAGAGCCACCAGGGGCCUCUGUUUCCAUUGCAAAUCUUGUUCUGUCUGGGCCAGAGAACCUAGCCUUUGAAAUCUCUCCAUCAUAAAAAAUUGAGCAGGAUGGAACUCAAUCCUGUAAUCUGUUUGGGGUUGGGGGCUUUCUCUCUGUCUUCUCUCUAUUGGUGUGAAUUGGUCAUUGGUGUUUGCUUUUGCUCUCCUCCAUCCUCUAGGAAUACAACUCAGUCUUUUUAUAGAACUUCUAAAGUUUUUCUGAAUGUAUAGACAUUUCUCGGGUUCCUGUCUUUGUCUCUGAUGGACCAUUUUCCAUUUAAGACAUUUUCCUGUAUAAGACAGUUUUAUAGCUGGUUCCUUUUAGGAUAAAGAGUCUUAAGAGAGUUUUAUUGUGUUUAUGGCAGGUUUGGAAAAGGUGAGAAAUGGGUCCUUCUUCCUCCCACUUUUUUGGGGCACUUAAGACAAUAUUCAUUAUCCUGUUCAAAAAUUAAAUUCAGCUUUGCUAACCCCCAAAGUGUUCCUGAAUGAAAGUGUAACCUAAGCUCUCCCCUCUAGUUUGGGUUAUUCUCUAUAAGAUCUCUCUUCAGGGACCAACAGGGGCUUGGAGAGCCCUAGUUAGAUUAAAGAGAGACAUUACUCCUUAAAACCUGUUUUCUUUUAUCCAAAUAAGGACAACUAAGAGAGCUUCGGCCCCACGGGCUCUAAAGUCUUCCUGAGGCCGGAAUCUAACAAAAAAUUGGAUGAUGAAUAUUUCGGCCUUCUGUUGGCCUUUUUUUCUGGUUCUCCUCCCCAAAAAGCAGAAAUGAUGCCCUUGCCUACAUUAAUCCGGUCUCUAAACCUGGUGCCCCUGGUCCCGGCUUCCCUGGCUUCAUGCUGUCAUGGCAGUAGCAGGGCUGGGGACAGUCACACUCCCAUUUCAUGAGUCUCAGACAGCUAUGUGAGUUAAAGCUGAAUCUCGUUCCUCUUCUCUGUUUUCUGGUUUUAAAGUUAUGCUUUUAGCCUUAUUUUCUAUAGGUCAAGAGAGGUGGUGGGUUGCCAUUCAGAUAGGAAAAUCUGAGUUUCCUUAUGUUUAGCCUAGAAGAUUCCUUUUGGACCAACAUUCUGAAGUUGGCAGUUGGUGCUGUGGAAUGUGGUAGGAUUUUCCUCAUUCUGGGUGAAGGAAGGAGGAGCUUUGGGGGAAACCGCUAAUUUUUAGAAGGCUAAUCUGCAACACCAGGACAACUAUCCCAAGAGCUAGAAAGGAGAAAUGAAGCACUCCUUCAGUAAAGUGAGUCAGCCUGUGAGAAGCGACCCACGGGCCUCUGGAUUCUUGGCUUUUGUUUCUCUGUCCACUGGCCUGUCCUUGUCUCUCACCUGGACUUGCACAGGUCUUGAGCCAGCAGGGGCUUUCGGAACCAAGGAUCUGUUUCCUUGAUGAAAAUGGAAGCCCUGCCCUUCACUUUACAUUCCUUUUGAUCCAACUGAUCAAAAUUGGCACCCAUACCUGCCCUUUCCCCCUCCUUCCAGCACACUCCUCUCUGAGAAAUCAAAGCAAAGCUUUCUGAAUGACAAAGCUUUGGGCCUAUUCUGUCUUUCCUGCCUUAUUUCUCUUGCAGCCCUUGUACAUGACUUGUGUCCACCAUCCCCUUGGUCAGUGUCCAUCUGCCGAUUCGCAUCACGAACUGGACAGUGUGUGAGUGGCCACCUACUCCCCCCCCCUCCCCCCCCAGCUCUGGGAGCCAAGUUGUCUUCCCCUCUCUGGUGCUCCUGACACUUGUGAGACAGACCUGUCGAGAGGACUAGGAACCCACAGAAGGAGCCUCCUUCUCGGCAGAGCUCCUGCGGUCAACUGGAAUUCAGGUUGCACACUGUGAUUUUUACACCGAAAAGCCAAAAGGAGCUGGCCAUCCAGGGCCUAGGGAGACCAGUCUUCCUCAGAUCUGCUUGCCUAAACCAGCAUGAUGCUUCGGAGAGCCCUGCUCUGCCCCUUGAGGCAUGGAUCCUUCUCUUGGUGUGGACUCUGAUGGGUCAGUCUUUGGGGGAACAGAGGUGGGGUGGGGCUCCCAGCAUCCCAAUUUGGAAAAGAGAGGAGUUUGCAGCCAGCAGCCUGUAAACUGGAAACACUGGUCUCAGCCAACCUCCUCAGGGCGCCCUGGUUUCUCCCCAAGGAGAGGAGAUGACACCAGCAACAGGAUGAACAGACCAUCGGAAGGGCUGGUGUGUGUGUACUCCACGUGCAGAAGAGAAGUUUAGAUCUUCCAGGGAAUUGCAAUGUUGUGGCGUCUGACUUGUAUGUCACGUUUGUGUAAAAUGGUAUAUUCUUUAAAAUAGUGUUGAUAACUGGAAUAUUGUAUGUAUGCUUGGAGAUGCUUUGUGUGAACCUAAGACUGUCACUCAACAGAUGUUGGAUUGGGGAAAAUCCAAAGCACAACUUCGAAAUAAAAUACGUUUUUAGGUUUCGAUGCUGCAGUUUAUAUCCCUUUUCCACUCCCUGAAAUCUCCAAUCCAGGAGUCCAGCGCCCAGGAGGAAAUGUGAUUCGUCUGUGCCGAUAGAGCCCUGCCUGGCAACAGG